AUGCGCAGGAGCACCCUGCUCUUCCUGUACAAGUGCUACGUACGGCCAAUUCUUGAGUUUGGGUGUGUCGUCUUCUCGCACCUCCCCGACUACCGUCUGAGCAGGCUAUUCGCCGUAGAAAGGAGAGCCCUCCGCCUGUGCAUGGGCCUCCCCAAGUACACGGCCAACCAGGCGCUGUAUGCCGAAGCCCGCAUUUCCCCUCUGAAGACUCGGUUCCGCCUACUCACUGUGAACACCUUCCUCUCGCUCUGCCAGAGCCCAUUAGCCUCCAGACAGAACCAGUCUCUCAGGGAUCGGGCCCAGUGGAUCGCCAGGAGGUGGCGAAAGUCCAACACCCCGCAGCUCGUCUUUGUCGAAUCCCUUCUAGCCUCGCUGAAUACUUCUCUGACUGCCCCUCCUGCGCCCAUCUGUCCGGUCUCGUCCAUGGCCCUGCGAGUUGUCGACGCGUUCCAGCCCGGCGUUGCCUACGCUCCGUCUCCCCGGCUUGAAGCCCUCCUCUCGGCGCACAUCAACCAGUUCCCAUCUCACGUUGUUGUCGCGACAGAUGCCUCGGUCUCGGCUCAGCUAGCGGGUGCCGGCGUCGUCUUCCCUCAGCUCGACUGUCAUUGCCCCAUCCGCCUCCCUGACUACACUCCCGUGUUCGAGAGCGAACUCCUCGCCAUGAUACUGGCUCUCAGAAUGGUGCCCCUUACAUUUCCCAGGAUCCUGCUUUUGUCCGACUCCCUGUCGGUCAUCACUGCCCUAGCCAGCCCCCCCAGCGAGUGGCUCGAGCUCCUGCAGGCCCUGAGUCGUAGCCACAUCACGGAGGUGGUCCUGACAUGGAUUCCUGGUCACUGUGGCCUAUCUCCCAACGAGUUGGCGGACAACCUUGCAAAAAUUUCCCUCUCCGGCCCUAUCAUUGACGUCCUCCCGCCCCUGCCCUCUAUCACGCGGGCCAGGUAUAGAAGGCUGCUGGAGCUGACCGCUCUCCGCUCACUGCCAGCCCGGUAA